CCCCUAGAAGCGAUACUCUUCGAGAUCUAAAAUGUAUUCUUUUAUAUCUGUAGUCACUGUAUAUACAUGGCUAUAAGAUUCGAGAAUUUUGGAAUCAAAGCGUUGAAAAGCCGACAUAUAUUUUUCCAAGCAUUGUCAGAUAGUAGACGAUUGGGUAGGAUGUCGCAAUUGUUAGACAAAGUGCCUGAUGUGGAUAUUGAUGGACAUGGAAGAUUUAAAUAUAUUUUAAUUCAAGUUCACGAUGACACGAAUAAUGUUAGCAAAACCAUUGUUAGAGGUUAUGCGAGAUCACAAUGGCAUUCUGACAUUUUCGAUGAGACUGGGUUGCAGUUACAAUCGAUUCCCGGGCUGAGGCCUAAAUGUUUAGGGGGUGGAAGAAUCGAGCACGAUCCUGACGAGAGAAUCCUCAAGGUGUACGGAUAUUCUCAGGGCUUUGGAAAGGCUGAUCACGAUGUAACAGUCGGUAUACUGGAAAAGAGAUUUCCCGAUUACACUAUUAGCAGCUCAGACGAAGGAUACUAAGAAGAAGAAAAUGAUUUUACAU